CCGGAAGCGGCGGGCGGCAGCCAUGACGGAAGGCAGGAAAAGGCGGAGCUUGCGACUUCAAGCCGAGAGGCGGCUGCCUGCUAAUAAGGGAGUAGCUCCUGAGGGGAUCAGUGUGCAAACAGGGUGGAGAUGGAGAUUAAAUCCUUCAUAGACAACUGCCAUUAAAACUUUGUAAUUGAACUACAGAUGUUGAAAAGGGGAACAGCGGAACAUUAAAUACCAUCACCUGGAACAUUUAGCUCAUUAAUUGAAAAAAAUGAAAGGAUUGACUGAAGAUCACCUGUACCUGGACUACAUUAAUCAGAAUGCAGAUUGUGUAUUUCCUCUCCACACCUCCAUAUCCUUGUUUUUGUUGUCAUACUGUGACUGCAAGACAUUCAGAGUAUUUUUAGUACUGCCAGGUGAUACAGCUUCAGAUGCCCAGCCUAAAGACACAGUAUUUCCCAAGGAUCUGGAUAUUUGCUUCAUCAAAAGAUGUCAACUUCCUUUGGUGGUCCAGAGCUGCUGUUUACCUGCUGUUGUCAAGAAGAAUGGAAGAUUUUGUCGAGCAGGACUUGCUGUGGUAUUGAGGCACAUAGUACAAAAAACAUAUGAAGCAGAUCCGUCAAAGGAGGACAUUUUGGAACUCUUGGGAUUUAAAAAGACCUGCUUGAAGGCUUGUGCUGAAGUUAGUGGAUGGACCAGACUUUGUGAAAUCAGCAUCCCUCAGGCAGUUGAAAACUUUCUGAGCGUGUCUUCGGAUCAGGUUCAGAGUAUUCCGGAGGAAGUAUUACGGUUUGAAAAGAAGCUGGGAGAGCCUGUAAGAGUACAUAACGAUGACAAAAUUCGAAGACAGAAAGUUCAGCAGCAAAAGACAUUCGUCAAGGAAGCAUGUAAAGAUGUUUCUUCACAAGAGGGAAGAUUAGCAGAAAAUCUGGAGUCCUCUCCUGCAGAACUGGAGCUGAGUUUAGCUUUAUCUAAAUUAACUGUGCAAAAAACACCAGUUGCUGCCAAAAGGGAGCCCUCUCAUAUUAGGAAGAUGAAAACAUCUGAAUUGCCACUCUUGGAACACGUUUUUGCUGAAGGGCUAUACUUCACUUUGGCUGAUGUAGUCCUCUUUCCAUGCAUCCAUCAUUUUUUUGGUUUCAGCAAGAAACACCAAGAGAACUUGUUAAGAUUGCCAUUGAUAUCUAGUUGGUUCCAGAGAGUUCAGGAAGUACCUGGAAUAAAGAGAGCUGCUGCCAAAUGCAAUAUGCAAUUUUUACCCCAUCAAGGCUCAGUCUCUUUAUCAGAUGAACACAUGCAGUUUAUCUGCACAGCUUCUGAUGAGCCACAGGAAGAGCAUGAAGACACUUCAUUUAUAGGUGGACCAAGGCCAACCAUGACAAAAUUAAUGAAAAGUGGUAUUGAAGCAACAUUUUCCCCUCAUCCUUGCCCUAAUUGGACUCUAGAUUGGGACAGUCUGCCAGCAGCGGUUAAUCCAGGAGAAGGAAAAAUGUCCAGUGAUCGCGCUUUUAGGAAACAGCAACAGCUCAACAAUAUGGUGGCCUUAGUGAAAAAGCUGGCUAAACCUGGAGAUAAAAUUGUGGAUUUUUGCAGUGGUGGGGGCCAUGUUGGAAUUGUCCUUGCUCACGUACUUCCAUCAUGUCAGGUCAUAUUGGUAGAAAAUAAAGAGUUGUCACUGGCACGUGCUGAAGAAAGAAGCAGUGUGCUAGGAUUAGACAACAUUUGGUUCAUCCAAGCAAAUAUGGACUAUUUUAAAGGAAAUUUUAAUAUAGGGGUAGCACUGCAUGCUUGUGGUGUGGCAACAGACAUGGUGAUUGAACGCUGUGUCAAAGCUCAUGCAGCAUUUGUUAUCUCUCCAUGUUGUUAUGGCUUCAUUCAGAACACAGCCAAGUUUGCAUUUCCACAAAGCCGUCAGUUCAAGGAAGUGUUAUCCUAUAAGGAGCACAUGAUUCUUUGCCGAUUUGCUGAUCAGACAGCUGCCCAGCUUCCCCCUGAACGCAGGCAAAUAGGUAAACACUGCAUGGGACUGGUGGAUCUGGACCGGGCUUGGGCAGUGGAAAAAUGCAACUACUCUGCGCAAGUGAUAUCAAUGGAACCAGAGACAUGUUCCCCAAAGAACAACUUGAUAGUGGGUGUCCCAAUUUAGUUCAAAGGGCUUUUCUGAUCAAUUUGAAUUAAUAAUCACUCCUUGUGAUCAAAGUCCAGUAACAUUUUGGAGAUACAAACUGCAGCUGUGAAGCAGACAGUGCACAUCUUGAAUCCAUUGUCUCCAAAAUAAGGAAGCCGAGAGGAAAGGGGUUGGCAGUGGGGCUGCUUGCAAAGCUUCCUAAAUCCUCCUUGAAAUGUGCGAUUAAAUGACAGCUGGUUCUCAGAGCAGGAAUAUCCCAAAAUGUCCAUCUGCCCCCACAGUAAUACCAAUAAAGGUUUUUU